UGGCCAAUGUCACUGCCACGAAUAAACUAAUAAUACGUAAUGUGAUGACAAACGUCUCGUAGCAUCAUGAUUGUGCAAGUGUAAUUCUUUUAUAAUUUAUUUUUCCUUAUACAUUUGUGAUAUGACAUUUGUGAUUGUUCGCUUUAUUAAAGCUUUCAAUAUUGAUACAAAAAUAAAUUACAUAUUGAUUACAUUUCAUUAAUUAAAUAACGAUAACGAUAAAUAAAACUAUGAAGAAUAAUAUUAAAAAAAUAUAUAUUACCAUUGUUUAAUUAUGUUUUCACUUUAACUAUUAAUGAAAAAUUAUUUCAAUUCUAAAUUCAUUUUUAAUUUUUGACAUAAAUAUAUAAUAAAUAGAACAAUAAUAAUUAAUACAGUAAUAUGAAAUACAUAAAAAAAUGAAUUGCAUUUGAAAUAUCUUCAAUUAAUGCUCUAUACAUAUUGAUUUUAAGUCCCUCUUACGGUCAAUAUCGGUACUAAAAUAUUUUAGAAAGUUUGUCAACAAUCAAAAAGUAUGAAAAAGUAUAUAAAAGAUAUUUCUGAUAGAAAACAUUCAGAUACUAUGGACAAUGAAAAAAAACCAUUUAACAAAAAACAAUAUAGACUGAAAAAAUAUAGUAACAAAUACAAAAUUAAUCAAUGGGAGGAACGGAGGAAGAAAGCUGCUUUACGAGGUUUUUACAAACAGAUUGAUAAAGACCAACAACAAAAUGUAAAAAAGUCAUUUGCUUCCAAAGUCGAUGAUCAAAAGGAACAUGAGACACAACCAAAAAAUUUAAAUGCUUUUCACAAAGCUAAACAGGAAUUUCUACGUAAACAGAAUGAAAAAAGGAAACAAAAAGAAGAAGCUUUACGAGUAAAAACAGAAAGGGAAGAAGCACUUAAAAAUUAUAAAGAAAGAAGGAUGCAAACAUAUAAAAAACUCUCAAAGAAAACAAAAAAAGGACAACCUGUAAUGAAAGAUAGAUUAGAAAUGUUAUUGGAAAAAAUACAGCAGCAAGUAUCAAAAUAAUAUUCUAAAAGAUAUAAUGUUGGUUUUAAAAAUAUUUUAAAAUUAUUGUCAAUAAAUUUAAUUAUUUAAUAAAUAUGUAUAUAUAAUGACAAAUAAAUUUUAUUGAAAUCUUUCUGUAAAUAA